UUUCACUGCUCCCACGAGAGAAACAUCGUAUGAACGUAGUAUGUUAGCUUAGUUGGUAUCAUUCAGACAAGUCGCGUGUGGAUUGUGAUUCGUUCAAUAACAAUCAUUUCUUGCUGUGACUUAUGUGUGAAAAUUUGGUAUCAUUCGAUUGAUUGAUAAUUUUGAUAAUGCUGAAAGUAUUUUGUAUUAUUGUUUUGAUGAUUGGUGUUACUGAAGUCAUAGGAAAACCUAUGAUUUAUAAAAGAAAUGAAGAUAAUGUAUUUGAACCUGUUAUGAUACCCGUUUCAUCGACGGUUAUUCCACUACCAGUUUACAAGGUCGGUUAUGGAUAUGGCUUUGUUUCGAAGGACAAAAAAGCCCAAGCUACCUACAACCCUGAUGGACAAGUGAAAUUAAUAACAGCAAAAAAACGUAUUGAAAAAAUUUAAGCUUUCCAAUGAACCUUCAGACAAAAGGACCAAACUAUGAAUUACAAGUUAUUUCAAUAAUUUUAAAAUAACUAUAAACAAAGAGCUUCACACCAAAAAUAAUUUAUCUUGUACUUCUUACCACUAUCCACUUACUAUUUAAUAAUGUAAUCAUUGAAGAGUAAUAUAAUCAAAAUAUCAAGCUCAAAAAUACGGGUUUUCUUCAACAUUAUCUCCAAAACUAUUUUCGUGGGCAUAUUGUAAGUUGUCAUUAAUAUAAAAGCAAAAAUUGCGAUAUUGUCUAGUAUAAAAAAAAUUUUCAUGACUUUCUAAUUACUGUUAAAGAAAAAUAAAAACCGAUUGAACAUCUGAAUUCUAUGUACACUGUGUAUUAAAGCUCAUAAAUGUAUUUUAAAUUAAUAUUGUUCUUAUUUUUUUGUUGAUGUAUUAAAAAUAAUGGAGUUAUAAAAAAUGAGUUAAUUAUAGUAUUAAAAUGGAAGAUCUACUUUUUUU